CUCCCGGCCCGUCCUGACCUCCCUCCCUGUCCCCGUCUCCCACCCCUGAGAGGCUUUCCGCCAGCGAGCGAGAGCGAGAGCGAGGAAUAAACUCGCGUCGCGCUCGCGCACACCGCAGCUACAAUAUCCUCCCCGCGAAUAUUCGCCGCUUCCCCCCUCGCCUCCCCGCAUAUCCUCCUCGCCCUCCUCCCUUUCCUCUCCCCGCUAUUUCACCACCACCGCCGCGAGGAUCACCGCGGCGCAAUCCAAACCCAAGCGACUCAUCGGAGACUGAGACUUCUCCCCCCUUCUUUUCCCGCGAGGCGGCAGUGGCGUGGCGAUGAAGUUCGGCAAGAGCCUGAGCGGGCAGAUCGUGGAGACGCUGCCGGAGUGGCGCGACAAGUUCCUGUCCUACAAGGACCUCAAGAAGCGCCUCAAGCUCAUCGGCGCCGGCGGACGGGCCGAACGGCAGCCCAAGCGGGCCCGCCGCGAUGACGCCGGGGAGGCCGAUGCGUCGGCGGCGAUGACCCCGGAGGAGGCGGAGUUCAUGCUGCUCUUGGAGGCCGAGCUCGACAAGUUCAAUUCCUUCUUCGUCGAGAAGGAGGAAGAGUACAUCAUCCGCCAGAAGGAGCUGCAGGACCGGGUAGCGAGAGCGGCCGGCCGGGAGUCCAAGGAGGAGCUCAUGCGGGUGCGCAAGGAGAUCGUCGACUUCCACGGCGAGAUGGUGCUGCUCGAGAACUACAGCGCCCUCAACUACACCGGAUUGGUUAAGAUUCUCAAGAAGUAUGACAAGAGAACUGGAGCCCUGAUCCGGCUGCCCUUCAUCCAGAAAGUCCUGCAGCAGCCUUUCUUCACCACUGACCUCCUAUUCAAGCUAGUGAAGCAGUGCGAAGCCAUGCUGGAGCUGCUCCUACCAAUAAACGAACCAUCUGUAUCAAUUGAAGAUGGAAAAGGAGAUAGCAAUGAUGAGAAGCCUGCAAAGCCCAGUUCUUCCUUGGUAAAAGGCGGUGGUAUUCCAGAGUUAGAUGAGAUUGAGUACAUGGAGAGCAUGUACAUGAAGAGUACGGUCGCCGCACUUAGGUCACUGAAGGAGAUCCGGAGCAAGAGUUCGACUGUCAGCGUGUUCUCGUUGCCACCUCUUCAGGGCAACAAUGCACCGGAAGAGCCGGAGAGGUGGAACAAAAUACCUGUGAUAGAGCAGGCCGCCAAAUGACAGGAUGAAUGCACGACAUCGGAUGCCCUCUACUCGUGACAACAUUAAUCUUGACAUUUGCUGGAGAUGGGACUGGGAUCUACUCUCCCUGUUGUAUAUUCAGUAAUUUGUACGAACUCAGGUUUCCUAACAGUUGUAAAACGGUGCAAAUGUUCAGUAUACGUUGUUAAAUCAUAGAACUGCAACAUAACCAUCAGGCAGAACUGAGGUUAUUUUAUUCACCAUCGUGAAUUAAAUACUUUUUUUUUUAUC